UUAAGAGAAUCGGCAGCGAGAGGGUUGCACUUGGGCCUGGAUUUGCGCAAUUUUUGCUAUAUUAGCCGGAGGCCGCGGAAGAGUUGAAGCAGUUUGAGCCUCGCAGCCGAACUUUGAGGAUCGCUGAGACGAGACGCCGUGCAAGAAAGUCGAUGCUAAAUCCGAAAUCCGAAAUCCGUGCUGUGAUCUGUGCUGAAUAUAUUGAAGAAAUCUUAAAGAAUUUUUAAAAGAAACCCCAGUGCUGUGCUGAAUAUAUCCGCGAAAGUGUGCCCCACAAAAAUGUCCAACCAAAUGGAGUUUAUUAUGCAACUCUACAUGAUGAACUUGAUGAAGCAGCAGCAGCAAAUGCAGUUGCAGCUUCCACAGCAGCAGCAGCAGCAGCUGGCUGGAUACACUUACACACAGAACGAGGAUAUCAGCAGCAGCACAUGCGUGCAGCAGCAACAGCAGCAGCAGCAGGAGCAACUGCAGCAGCCACAGCCAGAUCUCCGCAAGACAAGAACGCACAAGCGCAUUAGCUCGCAAAACACCAACUGUAGUAGUAGCCGUAGUUGUAGUCCCAAUAGUAAUUUGAUUGCUUUUCAAACACAACAAUACCCCGGCGCUACAGCGGCAACACCUCCCACUCCCAACACCCACCCCAGCAACCUGGUCAACCAGAUGCUGCUCCAAAGCCUGCCGCCGCUGACGCAGCUCAUGUUGCAGCAGCAGCAGCAGCAACAUUUGCUGACCACCUCCAACCUCCUACUAACACCCACCCACACCCCCAGUUCGCUGGGCAAGCAGGAUCCACUGCAGCAUCCGUUGCUGCUGGGCCAGUUUGCCGGCUCCGAACCUAUGGCCACAAAUAACUUUCUUCAAUCCUCCACAGUGACCUCCACGCCCAUCGAGAGAGAGAAGGCAGCCACACCAGCAUCCUCCGCCGGAGCAACUGCCGGCAACCUUUCGGCGGUCCAGGUCAAGUUUGAGCAGGAGUCCGCCGACGACGAUGAGGACGAUGACAAGCCGCUGUCCAGCCUCACCAGCUGCAGCUCCUCGGGCCAGACCAACGCCAGCUCCGAGAAGCUGCUGCUGUCGGGCGUCCAUCCGCUGGAGUCAACCACCGACAGCCUAGACUCACCCAGCAUGUAUACGCCCGUUAAGCAGCCAGCGGACUCAUCGUACCACAUCACACCCGUCGACAGCGAUCUGACCCCCAACACACCCCUGCAACCUACCCAAACCAUCUCCCUGCUGACGCCGCCGUCAAGUGAGCAGAGCAAGAGCCUGGUUAGCCUCUCGGCGGCCAGCGGCCUGGACGCUCUGCUCCAGAACGAGGAGGUACUGAAGAACCUGCGCAAGGUGUCCUCCUACCUGGAGUGCGAGAACAGCCUGUGCCGGCAGGAGAACCUGCGUGAGCACUUCCACUGCCACGAGGAGCCCUGCCAGGGCAAGAUCCUGAGCAAGAAGGACGACAUCAUCCGGCACCUGAAGUGGCACAAGAAGCGCAAGGAGAGCCUCAAGCUGGGCUUCGCACGCUUCUCCUCCUCGGACGACUGUGCACCAGCCUACGGAGAGGGCUGCGCCUACAACUGGAAGCAGACCCACUACCACUGCGUCUACGAGCACUGCCCCAAGGUGUAUGUGAGCACCAGUGACGUCCAGAUGCACGCCAACUUCCACCGCAAGGACUCCGAGAUCGUGAACGAGGGCUUCCGGCGCUUCCGGGCGCACGAGACCUGCCGCAUCGAGGAUUGCCCCUUUUUCGGCAAGAAGAUCUCCCACUACCACUGUUGUCGCGAGGGAUGCACACACACCUUCAAGAACAAGGCCGAUAUGGACAAACACAAAACUUAUCAUCUGAAGGACCACCAGCUGAAGAUGGACGGCUUCAAGAAGAUCCUGAAGACCGAGGUGUGUCCCUUCGACGCCUGCAAGUUCUCCACCGUCUGCAACCACAUCCACUGCGUCCGCGAGGGCUGCGACUACAUCCUGCACUCCAGCAGCCAGAUGAUCAGCCACAAGAGAAAGCACGAUCGUCAGGACGGAGAGCAGGCGUACCAGCAGUUUAAGAUCAAGCAGGACGUGGAGGAAUCCUCCCUGGAUGCCACGCCCCAGCAGCAGCAACCCACUAGCCUUAGUCAGUCCCAGGGCAGCAGCUCUGUAUGCGUCGGCAGCAACACCUCCACUCCACUCUCCUCUUUGUCCGCCGAGCACUUCCUGGCACGGAAACGCGGCAGGCCACCCAAGAAAAUCCAACUGCCAGCCGAUGCUCAGCAGUCGGAAGCCAAGCGCCCAAAGGUAGAAGAUGAGUCCUCCAAUCCCGCCAACCUCCUGCCCCAGUCCCAGCCAGCAGCCGCUGUGCAUCCGCUGACAAGUGGGCUCUUUCCAGGUCUCCUGCCCGCUGCCGCCGCUCCUGGAGUGGAUCCCACAGCCCCUAACUUCCAGCUCACCCACCUGAUGGCCCUCUUCCAGCUGCAGAAUCCCCUCUUCUACCAGAACCUCUAUCCGGGAAUGACCCAGAAUCCCUCCAUGCUUGGCAACCUGGCAGCACUUAGCGCCGCAUCAGCAGCAGCGGCGGCGGCAGCGGCGGCAAAUGGAGCCGGAGUCCAGCAACCGAAGGCGGAGUUUAGUUUUAAGCCGGAGUUUAAGGAGUAGGAAGGAUGCGUGUCCUUAGGGUAUUUUGCUAGCUAGUUAGUUCGACCGACGGACAUUGGACAUUGUACAUACGCGCUUUAAGCAGGCUUAGGUGGGUUUUUUGUGGGUUCAGGCAGGUCCAGGACAAGGCAUCCUUCCCUCCACAAAAACCAACUCAGCCACACUUUGAGAACCUAGAAGUCCCCAUUCAAAGUGUAGCUGAAUUGGCUUUUGGCAAAAUUUUCCCCUUUAGCUUAGAUUCUCUCAGUGCCACAUUAAUUUUUAAAAUUUUCAGCCAAUUUAAAUAAAAAAGAAGAACUUUCUGAACUUUAGUUUGACUAAACUGUGAUGUUUUCAUUAGCGUAGCCUCAUAUAAUUGAUAGAGCGAGAGCAGGAUAUGCAGGAUAUGCAGGACUUGGGAGACUUGGAUUGUCAAUAACAUAGCGUCUAAGCAUUACAUUGUGUGUGAUAUACUAAUAAAUAAUGGCUAAUUGUUUUUGCUUUAUAAUUUAAGAGAACAAUAUUAUAAUAAAUAAUUAUAAACUUUAGUAAAAGCAGCAUUCUUCUAUAAUAAAUAAGUCAACUCUACCUGAAUAAAUUAUAUGAUGCCU